GCAGUUUCCGUGCUAACGUAAACACGUUAGAAACGGGUGAUUACUUGUUUAUGCUAGUUAUUACUUGAUCUCGCUUCGUUCUGCUGCCCCGGAAAUGAAAAUGGAAGGAGGAGCGUCGGAACCGGAGUCCCAAACGGAGAAUCCCCGCUGUGUGCAUCCUUCGAAGGACCCAGCCUACUCGGCCGACGUAAACAUGUGGCAGAUGCGCGCAGACCGGAAAUGGGAGAAGAAGUGGGGAUUUCUCAGGACACUGGACUUCACAGGAAAGCCAAAGCAAGAGGACCCUUUCCACAGCUACGUGUCCCUCUACUCGGAUCGUUUUCCGAAGACAUCCAACCAGACCUACGGCAGCAGGUUGUUCACACCCCUGGGGCAGGAGCUGAUCAGACUGGACAGGUCGUUGUUCUGGUGCAAAACACAUCAACAUGACCCUCGGACAUCCAGAGGGGAGUCAACAAACGCCUCAGAGUGGAGCUCUGCUCAUAUUAACCAUUAAAAUAGAGACCUGGAUCAGGAAACCAUUUUUA